AUGUCACCCCCAACCGCUCCUCUCUCCGUACGUCUCUCUCUCUCUCUCUCUCUCUCUCUCUCUCUCUCUCUCAAACUCUCUCUCUCUCUCAAACUCUCAAACUCUCAAACUCUCACUCUCUCUCAAACUCUCAAACUCUCUCUCUGCCUCAAACUCUCUCUCAAACUCUCUCUCAAACUGUCCCUCUCCCUCUCCCUUUCUCUCUCUCUCACACACUCUCUCUGUACCGCGAGCAUGGAGGUGGCCGACCAGAUUCACCGGGUCGUGGACAAGCUCAAGGCCAUUGCCGAUACGGACCCUCGCGCCAAAGCGGCGCUGAACCAGCUCUUCGAGUCGAGCCGCGACUUUAGCGCCCUGACCGACCCGAGCCCGGUCGUGCGUGGAGGUCUCAAUUCGCCCUCAACUUCCGGCUCACAGACAAACGCACAAGCACCCACGCCCUGGUCGCCCGAAGCCCAAGACAUGUUUGCCACGCUGCGGGAUAUCACCUGGCGCGUGGAUGCUCUCAUCGAGCUCCAUUGCACUGCUGCCAUGGAUGGAGAUGAUGGUCUCAAGGCAAGCCUUGAUACGAUGACAAUUGCCUCGCUGACCCGGUGGCAUAUUUGCCAGAAGAGUCGCCGCCGUUUCAGCUCAUCAAGCUGUGCCCCUUGCAUGUACCGUAUACAGGCCAAGUGUGAUGACGAAUGGGAGGUGCUUCUUCAGUCCCUGGAGGAUCUCAAGGCCCUGGGCGAGCGCUCAGCAUGCCUUGAGCAUUGGGAUAAGGUUAAGCGCAAGGCAGACACCAUGGCAGCAGCCCAGGCCAUUACCGAGCAGACCUUGGACGCACGGCGUAUGCUAGACAGUAUUUUUGACUAUUUUCAUCAGCUGGAAGAGGAGGAAGACAUCCAGCUCUUUGAUCAGCCGUCCACCGCACCCACCGAGGUCUCCGCUACACCCACAGAAAGCGACGCGGCCACCGCAAGCUCAGACCCGACAAAGCUGUAG